GCGCCUGUAGGAGCUCGGGGCCGGCGCGGCCGGGCGAUGGGGCCGGGGCGCGGGCAGUGAGAGCGGCGGCGGCGACGGACACGGCGGCAGCGGCCACGAACGGAACUUCGGCCCCGAGGGGUUCCCCGGGUCCCCCUUCUCGCUCCUCCGCCUCCACUUGCCGCCCCGCGGGGACCGGGUGGCCGGCGACGGCGGGGGCAUGUGGCGCUGGGUCCGGCAGCAGCUGGGUUUUGACCCACCCCAUCAAAGUGACACAAGAACUAUUUACAUAGCCAACAGAUUUCCUCAGAAUGGCCUUUACACACCUCAGAAAUUUAUAGAUAACCGGAUCAUUUCAUCUAAGUAUACUGUGUGGAAUUUUGUUCCAAAAAAUUUAUUUGAACAAUUCAGGAGAGUGGCAAACUUUUAUUUUCUUAUUAUAUUUUUGGUUCAGCUUAUGAUAGAUACACCUACCAGCCCAAUUACCAGUGGACUUCCAUUAUUCUUUGUGAUAACAGUAACUGCCAUAAAGCAGGGUUAUGAAGACUGGUUACGACACAACUCAGAUAAUGAAGUUAAUGGAGCUCCUGUUUAUGUGAUUCGAAGUGGUAACCUUGUAAAAACGAGAUCAAAAAACAUUCGGGUGGGCGAUAUUGUCCGAAUAGCCAAAGAUGAAAUUUUCCCUGCGGAUUUGGUGCUUCUGUCCUCAGACCAUCUUGAUGGUUCAUGUCACGUUACAACCGCCAGUUUGGAUGGAGAAACUAACCUGAAGACACAUGUGGCAGUUCCAGAAACAGCAGUAUUACAAACAGUUGCCAAUUUGGACUCUCUGUUAGCUGUGAUAGAAUGCCAGCAACCAGAAGCAGACCUGUACAGAUUCAUGGGACGGAUGAUAAUAACUCAGCAAAUGGAAGAAAUUGUAAGACCAUUGGGGCCAGAGAGUCUCUUGCUUCGAGGGGCCAGGUUAAAAAACACGAAGGAAAUUUUUGGUGUUGCUAUAUAUACUGGAAUGGAAACAAAGAUGGCAUUAAAUUACAAAAGCAAAUCACAGAAACGAUCUGCAGUAGAAAAGUCAAUGAAUACCUUUUUAAUAAUUUACCUAAUAAUCCUUAUUUCUGAAGCCAUCAUCAGUACUAUCUUGAAAUAUACAUGGCAAACUGAAGAAAAAUGGGAUGAGCCAUGGUAUAAUGAAAAAACAGAACAUCAAAGAAAUAGUAGUAAGAUUCUGAGAUUUAUUUCAGACUUCCUUGCUUUUUUGGUCCUCUACAAUUUCAUCAUCCCAAUUUCGUUAUAUGUGACAGUUGAAAUGCAAAAAUUUCUCGGAUCAUUUUUUAUUGGCUGGGAUCUUGAUCUCUAUCAUGAAGAAACAGAUCAGAAAGCUCAAGUCAAUACUUCUGAUCUGAAUGAGGAGCUUGGACAGGUGGAGUAUGUGUUUACAGACAAAACUGGUACGCUGACAGAAAAUGAAAUGCAGUUUCGGGAGUGUUCAAUCAAUGGCUUGAAAUAUCAAGAAAUUAAUGGUAGACUUGUACCUGAAGGACCAACACCAGACUCUUCAGAAGGAAACUUGUAUCUCAGCAGUUUAUCCCAUCUAAACAACUUAUCCCAUCUUACACCUAGUUCUUCUUUUAGAACCAGUCCUGACAAUGAAACUGAACUUAUGAAAGACCAGGGUCUCUUCUUUAAAGCAGUCAGUCUCUGUCACACUGUCCAGAUCAGUAAUGUUCAGAUGGAUGGCAUUGGUGAUGGUCCCUGGCAGUCCAACCUUGCACCUCCUCAGCUCGAGUACUAUGCAUCCUCACCAGAUGAAAAGGCUCUAGUGGAAGCAGCUGCCAGAAUUGGUAUUGUAUUUGUUGGCAACUCUGAAGAAACUAUGGAAGUUAAAAUACUUGGAAAACUAGAACGAUACAAGCUGCUUCAUAUUCUGGAAUUUGAUUCAGAUCGCAGGAGAAUGAGUGUAAUUGUAGAGGCUCCCUCAGGUGAAAAGAUACUGUUUACUAAAGGAGCAGAAUCAUCAAUUCUCCCUAACUGUAUAGAUGGAGAAAUUGAAAAAACUAGAAGUCAUGUGGAUGAAUUUGCUUUGAAAGGGUUAAGAACUCUGUGUGUGGCCUAUAGGCAGUUAACAUCAAAAGAGUAUCAGGAAAUCAAUAGACUCCUCUUUGAAGCUAGAACUGCCUUGCAACAGCGUGAAGAGAAAUUGGCAGAUGCCUUCCAAUUCAUAGAAAAAGACCUGAUAUUACUUGGGGCUACUGCAGUGGAAGAUAGAUUACAAGACAAAGUUAGGGAAACAAUUGAAGCACUGAGAAUGGCUGGUAUCAAAGUUUGGGUACUCACUGGAGAUAAACAUGAAACAGCUGUCAGCGUGAGUUUAUCAUGUGGACAUUUUCAUAGAACCAUGAACAUUCUUGAACUCACUAACCAGAAAUCAGACAGUGAAUGUGCUGAACAAUUGAGGCAGCUUGCCAGAAGAAUUACAGAGGAUCAUGUGAUUCAGCAUGGGCUGGUGGUGGAUGGUACCAGCCUAUCUCUUGCACUCAGGGAGCAUGAAAAACUUUUUAUGGAAGUUUGCAGAAAUUGUUCAGCUGUGUUGUGCUGUCGUAUGGCACCACUGCAGAAAGCAAAGGUAAUAAGACUGAUAAAAAUCUCUCCUGAGAAACCUAUAACAUUGGCUGUUGGUGACGGUGCUAAUGAUGUAAGCAUGAUACAAGAAGCACAUGUUGGCAUAGGAAUCAUGGGUAAAGAAGGAAGACAAGCGGCAAGAAACAGUGACUAUGCAAUAGCUAGAUUUAAAUUUCUCUCCAAGUUGCUUUUUGUUCAUGGUCAUUUUUAUUAUAUAAGAAUAGCCACCCUUGUACAGUAUUUUUUUUAUAAGAAUGUGUGCUUUAUCACACCCCAAUUUUUAUAUCAGUUCUACUGUUUGUUUUCUCAACAAACACUGUAUGACAGCGUGUACCUGACUCUAUACAAUAUAUGUUUUACUUCAUUGCCUAUUCUGAUAUAUAGUCUUCUGGAACAGCAUAUAGACCCUCAUGUGUUACAGAACAAGCCCAGCCUCUAUCGAGAUAUUAGCAAAAACCACCAACUAAGCAUUAAAACAUUUCUUUAUUGGACCAUCCUUGGUUUCAGUCAUGCCUUUAUUUUCUUCUAUGGAUCCUAUUUUCUACUAGGGAAAGAUAUAUCUCUGCUAGCCAAUGGCCAGAUGUUUGGAAACUGGACCUUUGGCACGUUGGUCUUCACAGUCAUGGUUAUAACUGUCACAGUAAAGAUGGCUUUGGAAACACAUUUUUGGACCUGGAUCAACCAUCUUGUUACCUGGGGAUCUAUUGCAUUCUAUUUUAUAUUUUCUUUGUUUUAUGGAGGUAUUCUCUGGCCAUUUAUGGGCUCCCAGAAUAUGUACUUUGUAUUUGUUGAACUCCUAUCCAGUGGUUCUGUUUGGUUUGCCAUAAUCCUCAUGGUUGUUACAUGUCUUUUCCUUGAUGUAGUGAAGAAAGUAUUUGACCGACAGCUCCAUCCUACAAAUACUGAAAAGGCACAGAUGUACUCCAACACAGUCGCUUUAAGUGACGAGUUCAUCGCACUGCAGCCUUUGUCGAGGGCAAGGAAUCAGCUGAGCAAACUUAGAUGGAAGAAGAUAAGGGUUCAGUCAGCUCAGCAUAUGAAUUUGCUGAAAGCAAGCACAGAGGGGAGGACAGUAGGCACCUGCUAGCUGAGGCUUGCAGCCAGCAGGACAGUUCUUGCGUGCACUAGCUUACUGAAACAAAUUCAAGUAUCAAGUGCUUGGACUCCAUGUGCUGUUUCUCAGAAGGAGAAACAGCGUGUGCAUCUAUUAGAAGAAUGCUGGAACGAGUUAUAGGAAGAUGUAGUCCCACCCAUGUCAGC